GGGACCGGCACGGCCAUGACCUCUCUUGACCCCCCCUCUCUCUCUCUGUCUCUCGCCCGGCAGCACCUCAAACAUCACACCAUGGCAGAUGAUUGCGAGUUCCACACUGCCGAGUCUGGCGCCUCCGCCACGUACCCGGUCCAGUGCUCCGCUCUUCGCAAGAACGGCCACGUGGUGCUGAAAGGACGUCCCUGCAAGAUCGUGGAGAUGUCCACCUCCAAGACUGGCAAGCACGGCCACGCCAAGGUGAACCUGGUUGGGAUCGACAUCUUCACCAACAAGAAGUACGAGGACAUGUGUCCCUCCACCCACAACAUGGACGUCCCCAACAUCAAGAGGACGGACUACCAGCUGCUCGCCAUCACUGAGAACUACAUGACGCUGAUGAGCGACAACGGCGAGAUCAGAGAGGACCUGCGCGUCCCCGAGAACGACACCGGCAAGGAGAUCGUGGCCAAGCACGACAACAGCGACGAGUUCAUGGUCACCGUCAUCUCCGCCAUGGGCGAGGAGUGCGCCGUGGCCACCAAGGUGUUGGGCAAAUAAGACGGACUCUGGCGCCACCUGGGCCCACACGCAGUCUCACAUCCUCAUCGGUUCUGUCACCAAAGCGUCGACCUUCAAGGCGACCUCCAACUUUGCCCUUCUGAUUUCUCAUCUUAGUUUCCCUCCGCGUUUGUUUUCCGUGGCUGUGGGGGUCGUGACCUCGUCCUCGCCGCCUGACGACUAAAUAACGAUCGAUGCUCA